AUGCCCCAAAGCAAUGAGCGGAGGCCCUGCUGGGAGCUGCAGUUGCCUCAUCCGGAGUUCCAGCCCAGCCCUGAACUCUGCGGCAAGCCAAAGAAACUGGAUGGACUGGCCAAGAUCCGGACGGCUCGAGAAGCUCCAUCUGAGUGCAUCUGCCCCCCAGGUCCCCCUGGACGACGUGGCAAGCCUGGACGAAGAGGCGAUCCUGGUCCCCCGGGGCAAUCAGGACGAGACGGCUACCCGGGGCCGCUGGGUCUGGAUGGCAAGCCGGGACUUCCAGGCCCCAAAGGGGACAAGGGUGCCCCCGGAGACUUUGGCCCCCGGGGAGACCAAGGGCAAGACGGAUCUGCUGGGCCCCCAGGACCCCCUGGGCCCCCUGGAGCUCGGGGCCCUCCUGGCAACACCGGGAAAGAUGGCCCCAGGGGAUCACAAGGCCCAGUGGGUCCCAAAGGCGAGUCCGGACCAGAAGGCGAGAUGGGCCCGAAGGGACCCUCAGGGCCCAAGGGGGACGAUGGGGCACCAAGCCAGCAAGGGCCCCCUGGACCCCCAGGGCCCAAGGGAGAGCCGGGGAGCUCAGGGCCCAGAGGAGCAAAUGGCGUGGCCGGCACCCCAGGCCCCAAGGGUCUACCCGGGCUCAAGGGGGAGCAAGGAGACACGGUGGUGAUCGACUAUGAUGGCAGGAUCCUGGAUGCCCUUAAGGGACCUCCAGGGCCGCAGGGGCCCCCUGGGCCCCCAGGGAUUCCCGGAGCCAAGGGAGAGCUCGGACUGCCUGGGACCCCUGGAAUCGACGGACAGAAGGGCCCCAAAGGACCAAAAGGAGAUUCAGGAGAGCCAGGGCUGGCGGGACCCAAAGGGGAAGCAGGCGAAAUGGGCCUGUCGGGCCUCCCGGCUGAUUCAUGUUCUGGAGCAAGCGCCAGAGGCCCCGGUGGCCUUCCCGGUCCAGUCGGCCCACCUGGCCUCAUAGGGCUGCCAGGAACCAAAGGAGAGAAGGGCAGACCCGGGGAACCCGGACUUGAUGGUUUCCCUGGACCCAGAGGAGAGAAAGGUGACCGCAGUGAGCGCGGAGAGAAGGGGGACCGAGGGGUCCCUGGACGGAAAGGAGUGAAGGGUCAGAAGGGGGAGCCGGGACCACCGGGCCUGGACCAGCCCUGCCCUGUGGGCCCUGAUGGACUGCCGGUGCCCGGCUGCUGGCAUAAGUGACCCCAGCACCCAGCUGGAAACCUGUACAGAUUCAUGUGGACAUUUAUGAUUUUUGUAAAAACAAAACAGUAAUAUAUUGAUCCUUUUUCAUGGAUGCCAUCACCUGCGGCCUUUUCAUGUUGGAGAGGAUACCCAGCUCGGCCCUGGAGGGGAGAGCCUAUGCCGCCAUCGGGAACGUGGACAGGGUGACGCCAGGUUGUGGGGGUGGGGGUGGGUAGCACCUGCCAGACUCAGUUUCCCUGGGAGACGAUGACGGUGAUGGAACCUGGCUCCGGUUUGGCUGGGAGCACGCAGGCCAGGCCUCCAGUCACCUGCUUAGCCGAGACUCACAGCUGCUAACCGCCCUACGGAGCGUGCCCCCCAGCCCACCCCCAAUGCUUGUGCUCCGGGGCCCCACGCUGCCCACAACACCUGGGGCUUGCUGGCAACUGCUAUGGCCUCUCCCUGCUCCAGACUCAGCCAUGGCCAGCGCCCCCCUAUGUCUCCCAGUCCUGGAAGCGCCGGCACAGACAAGACAGCCACUGGAUCUGCAGCUGGGCACCAAGGACAGUGGGUGGCCUUCCCAGCAGCUCUGAUGCUCACCAGUGGCCUGGGUCAUGGGCCUCGGGCAGCCAGCCUGGGCUAAGAACACUUGUCCUCUGGCUUAGGGUCGUGCCCAAGGACCGUGGUCACCAGGACAUGGGCCCAGCUGCAGGGAGCCCUGGCCUCCCAAAUUUGGCCCCACCCCCUCCAGCUCAUGGACGUGAGGGCAUUUGCAGGCCUGAGGACACGGGCUUCUGACCCAGAGCAUUCGUCUGCAGCCCGGAAGAGCGCUGAGCAGCUGCUAAAACAGCCCUCCUGAGAGUUAUGCCGACGGAGCAAACAUCGGGGCCAGUCCCAACCAGCCUGAGCAGGGGCUCGGCCUGGGUCACCUGCACCCGAACAAGAGGCUUCCCGGCUUCUGCCAAGACUCCCUGCUACCAGCUCGCUCCCGAGCCUCUCCCUCGUCUGCUGAGCUGGACGUCAUCGCGUGAAAUAAAGAGCACACAUGUGUCUA